AUGACCUUGCGAGAAGAAGCGGUGAGCAAUGAACCUGAAAUUCCGUCGAGCCACGAUCUCUUUCAAAAGAUGUUGGAAGAGGAGCUGAGAAAGGAAGAGGAACGAAUGAAAAAUAAUCAGGGAUUCAGUGAGCGAAUGCCAAAGAACACAAGUAAACACAUUAAUUUUGAUGAUCAGCCAAUAAAAAGGUUUACGCCUCAAACUAAUCCAUCCUCUCUUCCUUUGCAAGUUCGGACCAUCAAACAGCAGAACCCAUCAAAUGAAGAGGAGAGAAACGAUGGAAUGAUUGAAAGUCAAACAACAAAAAAAGAUUCAUUAAUAAUGCAACAUGAAAUUGCAACAUCAACAUCGUUAAACCAACAAACAAAUAAUACCGAGGCUCAAGAACUUCCAAACGACACAACCUUCCCGAAACAUAUUCAAUCACCCCUCAACAGCGAGCAAGAAACAAAUCAAGGCGAAAACCCGCCAAAAGAAACAACCAACGAUGAGUUUGAAGUUUACGUCCACAUACCACAACGGAAACGAGCACCAGCAGCUGCUUCAGAACCAACAACAUCGUCCAACAACAAUCCCGAAGAGCAACCUUUGUUCCUGUCAACACCAGUCAUGAGUGAAGUUCUCAACAGCGUUACCUCUCCGUUUGAAGAUGCAACACCAUCAACACCACCUUCGUCAAACUUACUUUUUGAAAACAUGCUCCGCAAACAAUUGAUGCAAGAGAACAAUUCCUCAUCCAACGACGAGAAUCCAGCAUGGAAAAAGAAAGUGGAUGAGCUAGAGCAUUUGUGUGCGAAAUUUAAAGAAUCGGAUCCUACUGAUUCAGUAUUUCAAGCAAGUGAAAAUGAGCUCAUUCAAGCACUGAACAAUCGACAUCCAAGUGUUUUAGAAAAGGCAGUAGAAACUCUUUAUCAUUUUGUGAAUCAAUACAAAAACGCCUCAAGUACAGCUGAAAAAUUUAUACCCAUCUUAAUUGAGAAAGGCCUACCCUCAAAGCCAUCCGUACAGUCAAAGAGUGUGGAAAUCAUACUACUCUAUAUUGAAGUGUCAGAUCCGUCUAGUAUUAUAUCCAUACUGAAGGGUCACUUCUCAAAUAAGAAGCCCAAGCUUCGAGCACAAUGCAUCAGUAUCGUACAAACAGCAGUGCAUGGUUUUGGCUUUCCAACUAUUCCUCCUAAAAUAAUAUUACAAAGCCUUCCAAGCAUUCUCGAUGAUGCAAGUGUACGAGAGGAAGCUCACAAAUUGGCCAUGGAAACUUUCCGAUGGCUUGGAUUUGAGGCUGUUGAGGUACACUUGUCAAAUGUAAAAUCAAACAAAAUGAAGGCCCUUAGAGAAGAGUUUGACCUUCUUCAUGAUAAAUCACCAGCCGCGGUGACACGAUUCUGUCGAUCCACUCUAAAUCCGUCGUCUGUCAAGCCCUCAUCCGUCCACUCGACCGCCAUUACAACGUCGUCACUCCUCAAAGAUAUUGAAGUGCCCACAAAAGAAAAAGAAACCAUUGAUAUCAAUGAAAAGUUGAGAAAGGAUUGGUACAGUGAUGCUGAAAAUGAAAAAUGGUCCAUACGUAGGGAUGCCUUUGAAGAAUUAAAAAGGCUAGUUGACAAUUUUCAUAUCAAGAAGGGAUGCGAUUGUUCCAACAUUUUUUCUGCCAUCAAUGUUGUUCUUCAACGAGAAAAGAAUGUAGCUGUUGUUAAGGAAUCUAUCGAUUGUCUGACUGCCUUCUCUAAAGCCAUGAAGUCUGAUUUCACAACAACGGCAAAAUACCUCUAUGAAAGACUAUUGACCAAGUUGAAAGAAAAAAAGUUAGCCGAUCCUACACUUGAAUGCCUGGUGUCAUUCGACACUUGCACCUUUCCCUUUACGGACAUGUUGGAAACCAUUUUUUCAGCCAUGAACAAUAAGACAGCCUCAAACUCAGAAAAACUGCAAAUAUUCACACUCCUGGAAAGAUGUUUAAUCAACAAAAAGAAGAAAGAUCUGGAAAAAUCUCUCAAGCCUCUAUUCAAUCAUUUACUUGCUUUUACGGAUGAUGCUAGCUCCGAAGUGAGAGAUACGUGUUGCAAAAUUAUUGCUCGCCUUAUUUGGGUCGUUGGAGAGACGGAUCAAACAAAUUCACUCUUGAAAUUGGAGUCUCAUGUGAAGGAAAAAAUUGUGCAGUAUUUGGAAUCAUACGGAGCGCCUCCAAUUGACAAUGAUAUCAGCACGAGACUGUCUCAAUCUAUAGACUAUAAGAAAACAUCAAGCUCUACAAUUUCAAAAACAGGUUCAAUAUCUCGACCUCCCUCGCGAACAAUCGAAACAAAACCCUCCUUAGGAUCUACCACGAAGAGAUCAAAGGUACCCACCUCUAAAUCAGUGUGUCUAAACAAACAAGGCAAUAAUGGCAGCAGCUCAGUUCCUGCUAUUACCCUCUCUGCUUCAGAUGUAUUGGAAGAAUGUAAGGUCUUAUUUGGAGAGGCUUGUGUUGAAAAGUUAGCCAACAGCAAUUGGAGUGAUCGAAUUGAGGCACUAUGUAAUAUUGAAUCUAUCAUUAAUUCACUCGAAAAAACAACACUCGAAGCAAAGCAUGAACACAUCAUAAGCCUCUUUCAAUACAAACCUGGAUUGAAAGAAUCCAAUGCCAAAGUAUUGGAGAAGACAUUUGACUUGAUUGAAAACGUUCUCAACAAGACAGAUAUAAAAUCUGGAGAACUAAAUUCAUUACCCACUAUCACAUGGAUGCUUGAUAAGCUAAUUACGCCUAAAGUUGAUAUACAAGCAAAAAAGGGUUUAAAGGCAUUUUGUGAGUCCAUCAAUCCCCAGUAUCUAUUUAUUAAGAUCUCUGAAAACUUGGAUGACAAGCCACCAAAAUUGAUUGGAUCUAUUUUGGAAUGGCUUAGUGAAGUUAUUACAGAGUUCAGUAUUGCAUGCUUUAAUACUCCAGAACUGAUCGAUUUUGCUAAAAAGUAUUUGGGAAAUAGUAAUCCAAUCAUCAAAAAAGGCUGUAUCAAAAUGCUUGUUUCCAUGAGAUCAUACAUGGGCGAAGGACUGUUGCACUUCUUGUCAGAUACCAAACCUGCCUUGUUAGAUAUGGUCAAGAAGGAGUUUCAAAAAGUCGAAGGGCCUCCACCGGAACCAACGCGCAAAGUGAAAGGGCAAGAGAAGAUACAACUCAGUGUGAGUGCGUACGAAAAUUCUCUUCCAAGGUUUGAUAUCAUGCCAAAAAUCUCUCCAAAAAUCUUUCACUCUCUUGAUGACAAGAAUUGGACCAUUCGAGUUGAGGCGCUACAAACUAUUGAAAAGAUAAUCACCGAUGAUGCCCACAAACGAAUUCAACCAAAUAUUCUCGAUCUUAUUCAUGCGUUGAGGCAAAGACUGGAAGAUGCCAACAUCAAAGUUGUGACAACUGCUCUCUCACUUUUGGAUUUAAUUGCAGAGGCAGUAGGAUCAGAUAUGGAAAAGUAUUUGAAAAUUCUUUUACCCAGCAUUGUUUCAAAAUCAAUGCACAAUAAUAAGGCAGUAAGAACUGCCGCAUUGGAGUCUUUGGACAAAUACAUUGCCGUGUUCCCAUUUGAGAGUAUGAUAAAAUUUUUCCCUAAAGCCAUCACAGGUGAAAAAGGUAAUCCUGAAGGAAAGAAGGAAGUCUUGGAAUUUAUUAACAACCAUUUGGCUACCAUGAAAACUAAGAAUAUUGAUAUUUUUUCUCCAUUGGUCAAACCCUUGUUGGAGUAUUUGCAAGCGUCGAGAUCUGACACGCGAAAACUUGCAGAAGCAAUUUUAUCCGAAAUUUUACAGCACGGAGGCUACUAUUAUGUUUCAAAGCAAGUAAGAGAAUUGAAACCGGCGUUCCAACAGAGUUUGGCUCCUCUGUUGGAAAAACAUGUUCCUUUUUAUCAAAAACAUGUUCCUCAAACGCAAGAUGAUAUUGAGAUGCCAUCAUCAACUCAACCAAUGACUCAGUCGGUCACUGUUUCGGCCGUUCCUGUUACUUUGCAAAAAUUUGAACGAAAGAUGACAUUAAGGGACGUGAGUAGAUCACUGAAUGUAGAGGUCAGACAGGCAAAUGGCACAUCUCAUCUGCCUUCCUCGUUCACAGCAGCUGGUUCAUCUUCAACCACCUUGAAUGCAGCUUCAACCAUGAAUAAUAGUAUCGACCAUGAUUCAGAGUUUUCAAAGCAACCAAAAACAGUUAAGAAACGUGCCAAUAUUUCCAAGACAUUGGCCUCCUCUCCAAACCAGAGAUCGCCUUCUCCACCAUCUGCACUGCAAUCAAAAACGAGCGUUUCGCUCCAGCCGCUAAAACCUUUCUUACCUAUUAUUCCUCGUUUGCAGUUGGCAACUCCUCAAGUGGAAUCCGUUGAUGAGUAUAAAUUGGACUUGCAAAAGAUCGAAGAGCAAACCACUGUCACACCACACAUGCCUUCUUCUGAGAUCGCUAUUCCUGAAUUACCCCAACACCAACCACACAAUACUUCUCUCACAGGAAACUCUACUCCACGAAUGCCCGAAAGGUCUCCUGUUAAAGAGACUAUUCGAACAGAGCAGGCUCACACAUCUCUCUCUAUUGGAGAGUUGGUCAAUACAAUCAAUACAAGUGAACACGGAUCGGAGGCGGCCAUUAAUGCUUUAAAAACCCUCGUGUUGAAAUUUAAGGAUGAAUCAUGCAGACCUGCCAUCCUCUCGUCUCUGAAAGAACUUGUAGAAUCCCUCACCGAAAAUACUCAAUAUUCUUUCGAAAAGGCGUCAGCAGGUUUGGUCACUACUAGAAUUUGUAAAUAUCUUCUCUCCACUCUUAUGUCUCUGUUCAAUGAUAGACAGAUGGCCGCAUUUGUCCCUCAAGAGACUUUGCAAAGAACGAUUGAUCAGUUGUUGAGCCGUCUUUUAGAUGAAAGACUACCAUCUCUCGAGAAUGGACAAGAUUUGUUGAAAGGUCUUAACUCACUCAUGCUAAAAGUAUUGGAGAAUUCGAAUAGGACCUUCUCCUAUACCUCUCUCAUACACUUGUUGGAGUAUUCAUAUGCCAACCCUGCUCUGAAAAAAUAUUCUGAGCUAGUGGUGAAGUGUCUCAUCAAGUUAACAAAAGCCCUCGCAGCUACCAUUUCACGAGUUGACGUGGAUAUUCUAUUAAUGGAUUUACAUAGCUUUUUGACGCACAAUCCUCCAACCUUGUUUAAGGAUAGAAACGACUUGCCUCUUAGGACCAUUAAAACUAUCCUUAACGAGCUCGUCAAAGUCAAGGGAGAAAGUAUAAGAUCUUGCCUCAAUCUGAUCCCCACACACAAAAACCCCCUCAUUAUCUCAUAUAUUGAACUCAUGCUCACUUCUUCAGCGAAUCAGCAAGCAGUAUCUUCGGGUGGUUCUACAACAACCACAAAUAUGAAUGUUUCACCAAUGGUCGCUGUUGCUUCAUCGAAUACUGCUGCUACUUCAAAUCUCUCUGCUCAAGCAACUAAUACAGGUAUUGGUGUUAAUAAUAAUAACAUGAAUGUGACAACAACAAAUCAACCAUCAUCAAAUCAGCAACAACCUCAAUUACAACCACAGCAAGCAAAACCAACAAGGCCUUCACCUCCCAAUUCAUCAAAUGGAAACAAUAACGAGAAAGCCAUUCAAGAUGAACUCUCUGAAAUAUUCAAUUUAAUUAGCAAUAAGGACAGCACGCAUUCGGGGUUAUACAAAUUGUACGAGUUCAAAAAGUCUCACCCCACUGUGAGCAUUAAUACCCACCUAUCGAAAUGCAGCGAACCAUUCCAGCAAUACAUUCAUCGUCAACUUGCUAAAAUAGCUCAAUAUGAAGCCUCAAAACAAGAUACUAGAAGCAAUAAUCUUCAGAAAAGCCAUCCAACAUCUUCUUUGUCUCCCUCAAGAAAAACUCCAACCAUUACCUCGGUGGAUGACAUCCGAAGGCAGCUAAAGCUUGUCCAGCAAGAAUCGAAGCUGAAGAAUGCACGCUCUCUCACGGUGUCUGACUUGAAGAAGAGAAUUCAAAAUAUUGAGGAAAAAUUAUCUGCUGACAACGAAGAGUAG